AUGAUUGAUUAUGGAUCAGAUACUAAUGGUAGAAUAGUUUAUAUUAAAAUUGAAUGUAAUCAUGUCCCAAUAGUAUUAGUCAAUGUUUAUGCUCCCGCUCAAAUAACAGAACGAUGUUCGUUUUUUAAAGAAUUAUUUUUAUAUAUUCCUUCUACCAAAUGGAUUAUCAUCGGAGGGGAUUUUAAUUGUACUCCGAACAAUCAACAAGAUAGAAACAAAGUAGGUGCACAAACAGAUAAUCUAUCAUAUCGCAUAUUAAUUAAAGAGGUGAUCAAUCCAUUAUUGUUAACUGAAAUAUUUAGACGUAAACAACCUAGGAAAAUUAUUUAUUCAUAUCACGCAAGUGCAGGUAAUUAUCAUAGUCGUAUUGAUCUGGUAUUUGGUUCUGAUAUUAUAUACAAAAAUACACAUGAUAUUGGGUAUGUUCCAGUGGGCAUAUCAGACCAUGACGCAUUAGUUUUAUCUAUUAAUAUACCACCAUUAACCGAUAAAAAUAUGCAUCGUAGAUGGAUAUGUAAUCCUAAUGUAAUUAAAAGGAAAUCCUUUUUAGAAAAAUUCCAAAAAAUAUGGAACAUUAUUAUCAACACAGCUGAUCUUAAUACAACUGAAUGGUGGAAUGAUUUCAAGACAAGCCUAAUUAUGAUUAUACAACAAGAAGAAAAAGAACUUAAUCGUGAAACACGACGUGAAUUAGAUGAAUUAUCUAAAGAAUAUCGUUUUAGAGCAACUAACCCAUCCAAUGAUGAUUUAGCACAAUUGGAAAUUAUUAGAAAAAAAAUUCAUGAUGCAUUAACAGAAAAAUUCAUUAAUAGUAUUCCAAGUCAAGGUGACCGUGAUUUUAAAUGUCUUAGUAAUUUAGCUAAAGCGAGAUUUGCACAUGGUAAAGCAAAUCAAUCUAGAAUCGCUUAUCUUAUUCACCCAUCUAAAGGUCGUGUUGAAACAGAUAAUGAAAUGAUGGAAAUUUGUUGCAACUUCUAUCAAGAUUUAUAUAAUGUUAAACCAAUCGAUACAUCUUAUUGGAGUGAAUUAUUCGAAGAUAUAACAACACUCAAUCAAAAUGAUAUUGACUUACUUGAUCGUGAUAUAACAACUGGUGAAUGUCUUGAAGCUCUUAAAGCUAUGCAAUUAGGUCGAGUUCCAGGUGAUGAUGGUUUAACGAUUGAACUAUGGAGAUUUAUUUUUCCAAUAAUAGGAGGUCAUUUUAUCAAGAUGGUUAAUAUAGCUAAAGAUAAAGGUAAUUUUCACGAUGGAUUUCUUAAUGGUCUUCUUACUCUAUUAAAGAAAGGAAGUGAAUUUAAAGGAACGAUGAAGAGUUUUCGACCGCUCUCACUAAUGAAUAUCGACUAUAAAAUUAUAACCAAAGUAUUAAGUUCAAGACUAAAGAAGGUUAUGAACAAAAUCAUACAUUACAAUCAAACAUCAGGCAUUCCCGGAAGAACUAUACAUGAUAAUAUACAUUUAAUACGUACAAUCAUAGAUUAUCAUUCAAGAAACCGUAUACCUUUAGGAAUUACAAUGUGGGAUCAAGAAAAAGCUUUUGACAGAGUGAACCAUCUUUAUUUAUUCGAAGUGUUAAGGCGGUUUGGAUUUGGUAAUAAUUUCAUCCAUAUGAUUAAGUUGUUAUACACCAAUUCCACAUUUACAAUUAAAUUUAACAAUCUCCUGAGUGAAAAACUAUUCUUUAAUUCAGGAAUUAGACAAGGUUGCUCACUUUCUGGUUAUCUUUAUGUUUUGUGUUUAGAACCGCUGUUAAAUUUAAUAAGAAAGAACUCCAAGAUACCCGGUGUUUUAGUUCCAGGUUGUCAAUAUAGAUCUCUUGUUAACACAAUUCUUCAAAACGAUGAAACAAAUAUUGAAAUUAAAACAUUAGCAUAUGCUGAUGAUGUAUGCACAUUUGUUUUAAAUACAAAUGAUGAAUUAGAAACUUAUGAAAUGUUUAAAAAAUAUAGUCAUGCGUCAGGCGGUAAAACAAAUGAUACAAAAACAGUUAUAUUUUGGAUAAGUGACUGUCUCGAUCCUCCAUCUUUUAAUGCGAAAAUUGAAAGAGAGAAAUGUACUUUCCUGGGAAUACCAAUGGAUACUCAAGGUCAGUUACCACAAGAAGAAAUUGAUAAAAUGGUUAAUAACAUCAAGAGAGAUAUAGGACUAUGGUCCUCAAUAAGACUGUCCUUAUGUGAAAGAGCAAGCAUUCUGAGAUGCUUUAUAAUUAGCAGAUUGGUUUAUUGGUUUUCAUCAAUGUUAAUUAAUAAAAAUGUAAUUAAAUCGAUCCAAAAAAUUUGUAACUCCUUUUUUUGGGGAAGAAUACAUCCUUUUAUAAAAUUCCAAACUUGUGUUGGAAGAAAAGAGGAUGGUGGGUUUGGUCUUAUACAUUUAGAAUCUAUGAUCAUUUCUUAUAGAAUUAAAUGUGGCUUAACAAUUACAAAUACAACACCGAAAAUAUGGAAAUUGUUUGCAUUACCGUAUGUAGGUUUACACUUAUAUAAAUAUGCACCUUGGCUAUGGACAAAUCUAAUCCCACAUUUACACGAUGAUAAGCAAUUUUUUAGUGAUGUAGCAAUACAUACUGCUAAAUGGUUAAAACGUGGUAGUAAUGUAAUUAAUAAUGGAAAUGAUAUUUCAAUCUAUUGGAAGCUUAUCAAUUUAAAUAUUUACCAACCUCCAGUAUGUUACGAAAGGAUCAACCACUUGAAAAAUAUUCAAUUUUACAAGUUGAUACAUCAUAGUAAAUUACCAUCCAACAUCAUAGAAUUCUGGACAUCAUUAGCUAAUUAUGGAAUAAAUACACAUGAUAGACUUGGUAAAACAUUGGAAGAGAAGAAAUGUUUAUUCUGCUCAUUACCAGAAACAUUAUCACAUAUUUUCAUUACUUGCUCUUUUUUUAACGAGAUUUACAAAUUUUUAUUUGAAUACAUUAAAAAUACGUUUAAUGUAUCAAUUCCAAGAAGUGAAUAUGAAAUCAUUUAUCUUAAAAUUGUCUCAUCAACAACAUCGAGGAUUUUUCAAAAACAAAUUACAUACUCGAUUGGUAAUUACCUAUAUGCAAUUUGGUCAUAUAGAUGUAUCAUUAACAAUCGAAAUCAAAAAGAUCAUCCUGGUAAAUAUCAAGAUAGGUUUAUGAUAUAUAUGAAAAAUUUUCCUUUUGAAAAUGGUUAA